ACCCAGUUGAGUGGCAGCCCAUGCGAAGCGGCGUUGGCUGAUUACUCACUUCUACUUACUUGAUAUCUGCAACUUUCACCAACUCGGUCGUGUGAUGACGGAAUUCCAAAAAGGGCAACAAACAGAUAACCACAACAACUGAACACAGCAAUAACGCCCAGACUGCACACAACAACCCGUCCCGCCGCGAGUUGGUCCGUCAUCCAGGUUUCUGGGAUAGGUACUCAAGCCUUACACCUUAAACCACAGGCAGGCAGUGACACUGCCCAGCACUUGCCCAGCCCGCAGUCUGUCUUGGCUCUACUGAAGUGUCGCUUGGUUUGUUACAGCAUCCGUCUUCAAGCCCGUCGACUCGAGUAUUCUGAUCGGCCGCAGCUUGGCAUUCGCCGUCGCCCCGCAACAUGUACAUGCAGGUGAUCGACUGAAAGUCUGCUGGAAAAAGCGACCAAGAACGAGCCCAGCCUUGAAAUCCACACCCAAGACCUAGAACCCGAAGACCCCAGCAACCCAAGACCCGAGCCUAGCCUAUUGCUAGCAUCCUGGUCUGCGCCUGUGCCUGUGCCUAGCUGCAGGUGUGGUGAAAGCACAGGAGGUUCACCCGACCAACAAAGUCGAAAACGUUGCAGCCUCCCCCUCCCCAGUCCCGUCACCACUGCACCGCGCAUUUCUCUCUCAGUCUCCUCCCUUCUUCCGGUCCUUCUGUCCUUCCCCCUCUCGCACAACACAAUGCUGGCUCGGCAUAUUGCGAGCUUACAGUAUCGCCCUCCUGUUGUUAUUCUCCCACGCUGACGACGCACGUCGCCCUUACCUACCGUAUAACGGGGCCACACCGCCGCCCGCUACACGACAUCGCCAUCACCUAGAAGGAAUCUUCACAUCCUUUCACACGUCAAAUACGACCGAAACAACGAAGCCGCUGCUCUAGAUUGCAUACAACAUCAGCAUCUACAGCUAUAGCAACGACUUUUAUCCUUACCGCAUCUAUAUCCUCUUACCAUAGAUUGAUCGAAAAUACCCCCGUCCACCACCGGUAUCGCAUCAAAGCUUGCCCACCAUGGCGCGUAAACAAACCCCGAUCAUGUCGAUGGAGGCCAUGUUAGAUGAGGAGCGGAAAGAAGUUCUCGCCUUGCUGGAAGGACCCAACGGACAGGGAUCGCGUUCUCGAGCUGGAAGUAUGUUCGAAGACCGCUCAGUCUCACCCUUCACGACGCCACGGACUUCCGUGCGCAGCAUGCUAGAUAUUGGUGAUGACCACCUUUCUGCUGGCUCCCCCCUCCCCCCUCCCAUUUCCCCCGUGCUCCCUCAUGCUAAGACCGCUUCGUCAUAUCUAGCUCCGGUGCGAAGUAUGCUCGACAUCGCCCCUGGCCCGGCCAAACCUGUCCGCAGUAUGCUCGACAUCCCGGCCGCCACCAGCUCCAGGACGCCACUCAGCAAUCCUAACUCGCCUAUAGAACACAAAUCCUACAAGGGCCCGCACCCACGCAGCUUGUCGGAUGCAGGAAUCAAGCCGGUCGAGUUUGGUCCCAGGGCCUCGGCACGGUCGAACCCGAUGAACAGCUACCAGUUCGGCGACAUUAUCACCAACCCCAACCACACCGGUCAGGCCCUUCCCAAACGAGUCACACAGGGCGGGAAGCGCCAGAGUUCGUCAAUGGUUGAGGUUAUGAAGAGCAACGACGCCAGCAAUCUGGUCCUUCCCAGCGAGAGGGGGCGUCACACCUCGCUCCCUGGCCCCGGUGUCUCGGCAGCGCGACCCUCGAAUAAGUCCAAAUCCAAGUCCCCGCAUGGCCGCUCCGGCAUGCGUUCCAAGUCGCCCCACGAGUUGUUGGCCGAGCGACAACUUAGCCCUGCCGGACGUGCCUUGCUCGACGAAGCUUUGGAUUACAAGAUGAACACCGCGUACAGACACCUAUCGGAUGCGGCUCUGGUCAGGUCGGGGGGCAACCUGGCAGAAGUGACACUACGAAAAAAGUCGGAUGAUACGCCUGGAAGUGGGAGAUUGGUUAAGGACUAUAUGGGCCCGGAUGGGGAGCCUUUGUUGGAAGAUAGUAGUGAAGACAAUGGGAGUUCGUCCGAAGGCGAGUUAGACAGGGGCAGGAAAGCCGCUCGGAAUACCACUGAGACCAAAGCAAAGCAAGUUCCAGAGCUUGCGCAGGGAAACAAGCAGGUUAAGAGCUUAUUGGCUGCGGCAGAGGAAGAACGCAUUCAGGUGGAAAAGCAACAGCCUCAGUAUACAUACCGAUCCCUUCUUGACGAACCUGCAAUUACGGUAACCGGACCGUCAGGGCGAACCCGCAAGCCUGGAGUGCACCCUGCGACGAGCUUUGAUCUCCCGUCAUCCGGAUCCCGCACCCCUAUGGAUUCCGACACUGAGGCGGAUCUUACCGAUAUCAAGCGCGCCCAGAACCUGUCGUUCGCGGUGACCCAAAUCAUCAGCCAGCCCGAGGUGCACCGAACCAUCCAAAUCAUCACGCGUGGCGAUUACUCCCAGCUGGUUCAGGAGACGCAGGACGAGCACAAUCAGCCACGCAAAUAUCUGGUCGCCACCGACCUUAGUGAGGAGUCGACACACGCUCUGGAAUGGGCUAUCGGCACAGUUCUCAGAGACGGGGACACCCUCAUAGCCAUUUACUGUGUGGACGAAGAAACAGGCAUUCUCGGCGCCGACGGCAACUCGCUCGCAGCAAGCAUGCUCCCCGACGACGCCAAGGCCAUGAGAGAGGCAGCUACAGCGCUUGACAGAAUGGCCAAUAGCAAGAGCGCCAUACAAAAUGGAGGAGGCGCGGGCAGCCUCUCUCCCUUGGCAGCAACGAGCAUGGAGGCAUCGGGCAUGCUAUCAACAGGCAACAGCUCAUCGGCGAUUGGCGAGGAUCCAUCGCCGACGCCGUCGCACUCGAGCCGGGAGCGCAGCAGGGCCGAGGAGGAGAGAUACCGCGCGGUUCAGGAGAUUAGUGAGCGAGUGACCAAGCUGUUGCGCAAGACGAGGCUGCAGGUACGGGUGAUUGUGGAGGUGUUGCAUUGCAAGAACCCAAAGCAUCUGAUUACGGAAGUGAUUGAUCAUGUGAACCCGACGCUGGUGAUUUUGGGGAGCAGAGGAAGGAGUGCACUCAAGGGUGUCAUCCUCGGCUCCUUCUCCAACUACCUCGUCACCAAGAGCUCGGUCCCUGUCAUGGUGGCCAGGAAACGCCUCAGGAAGCAGAGCAAGUACAAGAGGCUACCAGCGACGCACCAGGUCAACAAUAUCAAUAACCCAACGGCGAGGAGCUUGGCCAGCGCAAAGAUUGACUAGAAACAAUCGGCGCCCCGUGCUAAGGGAUGGACGAAUUGAGCUGAGUAGCAUUGGGGCCUUAUUUCUUGGUAGAUGGACUGCUUCGUUGGUAGAUGAGGAGAUCCGGAUAGCAAAGAACGAUGGCUGUCAUGGUUAAGGACAAUAACGCGUGGUGGAUAUAAUGGAGUCAGUUAUUUAACUUAACUCUUACGACGGUUUCGAUCAGACGGGAAACCAGGAAGGAAAAGGAAUAAUAAAAGUAAGCGUAAGAUCAAUUACAAACGGGACUUGCUAAGCAGGACAACAUGGAAGACUUUCGUAGAAGGUAGUGAAGGUUAAUCGGAUUCAGCGAUCCUUUUUGUGCUUAACAGAAGAUCUUAAGAUCAAUACCUAUACAAAUAGUACGAUACAUCCUU